AUGAAUCUGAAAUCCUUAUCGCUGCUGGCGGUGGCCACGGCCGUUGUCCAAGGCUGUGGGCACCCGCAUCUUCCACAUUUGUCCAAAUAUGAAUCUAUGUUGAUGAAUAGCUUCGACAAUACCACUGUUGAUAGCUGGGCUUAUUACUAUACUCAUGGGUUACACAUUGCCGGGACCAACCAGAGCAUGGCCCAAUGGACCGCAGAUAAGUGGACGGAAUUUGGCAUUUCUGCCUCUGUCGUCUCGUACGACGUAUAUCUAAACUACCCGGUUUCCCAUUCCUUGUCCUUGAGUCACCCUAAUGGUACCACCUGGAAGGCUUCUUUGGAGGAGGACGUUCUCAAGGAAGAUGAUACCACCAGCUACCCUGACCGCGUACCCACAUUCCAUGGAUAUUCUGCUUCUGGUGAUGCAAGUGCGGAGUACGUUUAUGUUGGGCGCGGACAAAGGGUCGAUUUUGAGAGGUUACUUGCUCUUGGUGUUGAUUUGAAAGGGAAAAUCGCAAUUGCACGAUACGGUGGCCCGUUCCGUGGCCUGAAGGUCAAAAAUGCCCAAGAUCAAGGGAUGGUCGGCUGUAUCAUCUUCACUGACCCCGCCGAUGACGGGAACGUCACUGUUGCAAAGGGCUAUAAGGCGUAUCCAGAUGGCCCCGCAAGAAACCCUUCUUCAGUCCAACGUGGAUCGGUUCAGUUCCUGUCGACCUACCCAGGUGACCCAACCACUCCCGGAUACCCAUCUCGACCAGACUCGCCACGGCAGGACAAGAGCCCCGUGGUGCCAAAGAUCCCGUCCAUUCCCAUCUCACAGCUCGAUGCGGAGCCGAUUCUUGCCGCCCUCGAUGGCCAUGGAACUCCAGGCAAGGAGGUAAACCGCACCAGAUGGGUUGGGGCCCUUAAUGCGACUUACUCGACUGGUCCUGCCCCUGGAGCCAAGCUUUCCAUGAGCAAUGUGAUGCGUGAUACCUACGCUCCUAUCUGGAACUCUAUUGGAAUUAUCAACGGAACAGAGCAGGAUGAAGUAGUUAUCAUUGGGAACCAUCGUGAUGCUUGGAUUGUUGGAGGAGCAGCUGAUCCCAAUUCUGGAUCUUCUGUGAUGGUCGAACUCGCCAAGGCAUUCGGAAAACUCCAGAAGGCCGGAUGGAAGCCAAAAAGAACAAUUGUGAUGUGUUCUUGGGACGGUGAAGAAUAUGGUCUCGUAGGCUCUACCGAAUGGGUCGAAGAAUAUCUGCCAUGGCUCAAAGCAACCACGGUUGCAUACCUCAAUGUUGAUGUUGCCGUCGCCGGGCCUAUACCUGACGUCAGCGCCACCCCCGAGCUCCAUAAACUGGCCAUCGAGUCCAUGAAGAAGGUCAUCUGGCCGUACAAGGGCCGCCGAGACACCACCAUGUACGACAUCUGGACUACCAUGAAUGGGGACGAGAUUGGCGUCCUUGGAAGUGGCUCUGAUUACACCGGCUUCCUUCACAACGGCAUUGCUUCGCUCGACACUGGUGCCGGAGGUGAUGGUAACACUGACCCUGUAUAUCAUUAUCAUUCCAACUAUGACUCGUAUCACUGGAUGGACACGUUCGGUGACCCUGGCUUCCACACUCACGUAGCAAUGGGCCAGUUCCUCGGCUUACUUGCCUAUCAUCUCUCGACAGACGAGAUCGUUCCAUUUGACGUGACCAACUACGGCGUGCAGAUGACCAAAUACCUCAAUCAGCUGAAGAAAUACGUCGCUGCCUCUGCAUACAAGGACCUCGACUUAAGUAAAAUCGAGAGUGCGAUCUGCUCCUUCAACGUUUCCGCGAAGGCGGUUUCAAAGCUGCAGAAGAAGGCGAACCGUAACUUCCACGACAAGAAGCUCGUCAAACACCUCAACACGAUCUACCGUGAUUUCGGACGCGGGUUUGUUUCGCAAGGCGGACUGCCAGAUCGUGAAUUUUACAAGCAUAUGCUGUACGCUCCCGGACUGGAUACUGGAUAUGCCCCAACCACCUUCCCUGGAGUGUCUGAGUCUCUUGAUGCAAAGAACCGAACGAGAGCAGAGGAAUUCAUCGAACGGUCAAGCAACGCCAUCUACGUAGCUGCAGGCAUCCUUGCAUCCUGCCAUGACUGCGAUAACUUUUGCGUGCAGGAGUAG